AUGACGCACCCGUCGCAUCAGACUAACGGAGCCAGCUUGGAGGAUUGCCACACGAAUUUCUUCGCACUGACGGAUCUAUGCGGGAUAAAAUGGCGGAAAUUCGUGUGGGGAGAGAUGGCCGGUGGAUCCGUGGGUACCCCCCUUGAAGAUCCAGUAUUGUCGAGCUUUUCGCGGUGUCUAGCAAGCGACAUACUUUGUGUGUGGCGACGGGUGGCAGCCACGCCGGCUGCUACCGGUACAGGCGCAAUAUUUGACAUGGGUAUAGCACCUUCGCCUGCUCCACCACCUCUGUCGCUGUCUGCUGCUAAAGAGCUCUGGAUAUUUUGGUAUGGAGAGGAACCCGAUUUGUCGGGUCUUGUUUCACCGGAGCUCAUCGGUAGCCAGAGUGAGCAAGGCUCUUGGGAAAGCGGCCUCUCGUAUGAAUGCCGUUCAUUACUCUUCAAGGCUCUCCAUAAUCUCAUUGAACGUUGUUUACUGUCUCGUGACUUUGUUCGCCUUGGAAAAUGGUUCGUUCAGCCUUAUGACGGUUUCGAAAAGCAUCACUGCAACAGCAGUCAUUUGUCAUUCUCGUUUGCAUUUUUUGUACAUGGUGACAGUACUGUUUGUGCAAGUGUCGAUGUCAGGCAGCACCCCGCGGUGCGGUACCUCACUAGAGCUUGCCUUCAGCGUACUCAGGCAUCUCAGACCGAUGCUAAAGUGAUUCUUGCGCCGUAUGGUCUCGCCGGAACGCUGACAGGACAGUCGAGUCGCAUUGACUCACAAUUUCUCGAUGAGUGGAAACACUUUUAUCCGAUAAACAACAACAAUAUUGAACCUGGUCUUCCACCUCUUGUAGAGGUGCUUGUCGGUGGCGUCAGGAUGCGAUAUCCUUCAUGCUACGUUCUCGUCACUGACAUGGACGACGUGCCUAUUGAAUUGCCACCCUCGCCUCCUUACAGUCCCGCGGCAGCUAAUUAUGACUAUUUGAAUUACAUUCAAGGCGAAAGCAAACCAUCAACCGAAAUGCCCGAGCGCGUUUGGGCUGAAUGUAUUCUUGGAUCAUCGUCUUUAUCCACUUCCAAAACAAAUGAAUCUUCCGUAGAGCUUGGUACCUGGACGUUUAUUGAUCCAACUCAAAAGUCUUCCUGCAUGUGUUCUAAGUGCAUAACCCCCGGGGGUUGGAAGAAUCUGGCUUCCUCUCAAAAUCAGAGGGAGAGAGUUGAUAAAGGUGGACGAAGGGCUGUCGUACCUUUCCAUCGACGCUCUACCAUUCCGUGGGAUGCUUCUUCCCCCUCUGUUCUUGCUAAUGCCCCCAGGUCGAUUUCAACUAGAAACAAUGAUGCACCGAAUACACCACCCGAUGGACCACCUUCUUAUUCUCGAGGCCCUCCUACCGGUGGUGACUGUCCUCCAGUACCAUCUGUUGGUUCACCAAGCUCGCCAGCACCGUCACCACUUCCAACACCUCAUUCAGAACCAGCAUCUGUGCCGCCGUCGGUGGACCCGACGAUGCCGACGUUGAGUCCUCAGCCCCCUCCGAGUCACCCUAAUGCGGCUCCGUCAUUGUUGCACGGAUCUAAAGUCUCUGCCUGCUGUAAUAGUAGUAAUAGCAACAACAACAAUAAUAAUAAUAAUAAUAAUAAUAAUAAUAAUAACAGUAAUAAUAAUAACAAUAACAACAAUAGCAGCAGUAGUAAUAACAACUCAAGUUCCAACAACAGUAAUACUAGUAGCAGCACUGCUAACAGUAGCAAUUCCAUCAGCAAUAAUAAUACCAGUAAUAGUCAAGUUGUAAAUAUGAUAACUGAGAACACAUUGAAGCGACCGAUUCUUUCCUCGAGAGAGUAUGAAGGUGCGCUUUUGGAGGAUGAACCUCCACUUUCUUGGCUAUAUGACUAUUCUACUCAAGAGGCUUGGCUUAAUCAUCCGGUUAAGAGAUUUAAACCAUCUUCUCCAAUUACUUCUCUUCAUCAGCGUGCUAGUAAUUUAUAUGCAAUUACUAAUUCACCGAUAAAUCACCCACAAAUUACUAAAUUUGAAAUCAAACAAGAACCUGGUGUCAUGAUGGGUGACUGUACAGGAAGUGGAGAAAGGCGAAACGGGGACAGAGAAGGCGAAGACACCGAACGCAUAAGAGAAGAAGGUGAAAGAAAUAGAAACGACCCCUACGAGUUUGACGUCGCCGGAGACGACGAUAACGGCAGCGGAGAUCACGGCGUGGUUGGAGCUGACGGUCUGAGACGCCCACGAGACGAGCCGCCAAACUCAGGGUCUCUUUUUACCAGCGAAGGGCUCCAAGUGUCUUACAAAGACCUCGAUCAGAUAUUCGACAACUCGGAUCCAGAUACCUCGAGUGACGAGACAAACCUAAACCAACUUCAAGUCCAAACUCCACCGGGAUCUAACAAAUCCGGAGGAAUGCACGAAGAAACUCGUCUGGACAUAACCAAGCAAAGCAACCGUGGAGUAGGAGUUCUACGUCCUGAAGAGGUGGUGAAAAUGUUUCCAACUCCACCUUCCUUAGAACACCCGGUGCCGUCUCCCUGUCAGAUGAACGAUACGGCGAUUGACCAAACAGAACUAUCAGCAUCUCAGCGGUCGCAUCGCCACGCUCCUGACAUCUAUCCAAACAUGGGAUCGCCUCCUGAAGAACCAAUCACCGACUGGUCUUAUGUUUUCAAACCGCCUACGGUUUUUAAGCUCGUCGGGUCAUCAAAAUACGCUCCGUUGACGAACUUACCCAGCCAAUUUCUGCCUCCGAUUACACUGCCUUCGCACUGCGUUUACAGACCUUCUUGGCAGUGCAAUUCAACCAACAACUCAAACAGUAACAGCAGCUCUGACAAGAAUUCACCUCACUCAGCAUCCUCGUCAAAGUCUGCAGACAAUACUCAGGAUCAGCAAGAGCCAUCGCAGAAUCAGGACCAACCACAAACACUUCAACCGCCUCAACCACCGUCACAACCUUCUUUACCACCACCGCAGCAGCAUCAGCAACUGGCAAUAGCUCACCAAGCGUGUCCUUCGAGUCCAAAUCCCAACAACGUCACCAACCACUAUCGUACAGCAGCUGGAAGACCUCCACCGCCGCCUUACGACCAGCCAAGUCCUGCAACUUCAACUUCGUCGUACCUAAAUAAAAAUAUAAAUAGCAUCGAUGCUGACACACCGGGUCCAAUUCGCGCACCAGAGUCUAAUUCUCUUGUAGUAAACAUCCUUCUUGGUGACACUGUACUGAAUAUAUUUCGCGAUCAUAAUUUCGACAGCUGCAGUCUUUGCGUUUGUAAUUACGGGCAAAAAGUAGUUGGGAAUAUCAAAGGCGCUGACGCGGUUUAUCUCGCUGGUGCUUGGGCAAACAGUAGUGCGCUAUUUCAAGAUGAGGAACAGUUAAGGUGCAAUUGUGGUUUUAGUGCGGUGGUGUAUCGUCGGCUGGCGACCCAAGCAGGAUUAUUCUACGAAGACGAGCUUGAAAUUGCGGGAAUCGCUGAAGAUCCUUCAGAGAAGAAAAAGAACUCGUUGCUUGCUGUUGUUUCUGGUGGUGAAAGCAAACCCGGCUCGGAAGAAAUUGAUGUUAUAACUCCAAGUGUUUUAGAACUUGUUCGCGAACAAUGUGCAAUCAUUCAAAGUUCGGCUAGUAGUUUGUACCGUGCUGCCAAGAUUUACGCAGCCAAUAAAAGUUAUAAUUAUAGUAACAGUAGUGGUAAUAGCAGUAGUAAUAAUAAUAAUAAUAAUAAUAAUAAUAAUAAUAAUAAUAAUAAUAGUAAUAAUAACAGCAACAAUAACAGUAACAAUAACAAUAACAGUAGUAAUAACAACAAUAAUAAUAGUAAUAAUAAUAAUAAUAAUAAUAAUAAUAAUAAUAAUAACAACAGUACUAGUAAUAGUAAUAAUAGUAGUAAUAAUAACAGUAACAAUAAUCAUCAAAAUCUCGUUCCGAGUCUUAACACACUGGAAUUUAAUGACGGCAAUGAAGUGUCUUUGAUUGCACUAGAGCAGGGAAAAUUGAUAGAAAAUAACGCUGUGGAAAGAACAGCAAAAUCUGUCGGCGUUCACCGGUGGGCCUUUAUAAAGGCCCGAGGUCCUCAGUGCAACGAAGAUAUUCUUCGGAUGAUGCGGACACUCCAGCCACUGCUUCAAGAUGCUGUUCAGAAAAAAUGCACGACUAGAAUGUGGGAAGCGCCGUAUACUGUUACUGGGCCGUUGACUUGGCGUCAGUUUCAUCGACUUGCGGGUCGAGGAACUGAAGAUCGAUGCGAGCCACAGCCGAUACCAGCUUUGGUUGUUGGUUACGACAGAGACUGGUUAUCUUUGUCUCCAUACGCGCUCAGUUACUGGGAAAAGCUCUUGCUGGAACCUUACGCGGGGCCACGUGACGUCGCGUACGUUGUUUUGGCCCCGGAUAGUGAACCUGUGAUCAAUAAGGUGAAGUACUUUUUUCGCGAGCUGUCGACGACGUACGAGAUCUGCCAGCUGGGAAAGCACACGCCGAUAACGAAGGCUUGCCGCGAUGGAAUAAUCCGUGUUGGAAAGUCUUCCAGUCAGAAGUGGUCCAAGCAGCCGAUGAUCGACGACUGGUUUAAAUUAUUGGGCGACAAUCAGUUGGGUGAACAGCUGAGGCUUUACGCGCAGGUCUGCAGUAAUCGACUGGCGCCGUAUUUGACUCAAGUUAUUCAAGACCGGAGUUUGUUGGACCCGGAUUCUAACAACAAACAGCAGUCCCAGCACUCCCACCACCACCACCAGCCGUCUCAGUCGCAAUCACCGUCUGUUCCGCCGAGUGAGUCGAUGCCAACGACUCCGGAUGGAACCGCUAUCACCGUCAAAGCGGAUCCUGUUGGAGACAGUGAAGCCGCGCCAAGUGAAACUCCGUCAUCUAAUACCACUCCGAAUGCUAAUUCUACUAUGGGAAACGUCACGCCGGCUAUUCCACCUAGCUCUCCUUCGAAUUCUAUCACUGGAAACGCCACGUCGGCGAUGAACCCCGCGAUAAAUAUCAAAACCGAGCCUGGUACUUCGAGUAAUAUGUCAGCUGGAGCGAUGAACGCGGCAAACUCGUCGGCACCCUCGUCCUCGACGGGGUCUACUACUUCUACCACGUCAACGACGGCUACCAUUGGACCCGACGAAGAGGAAGUUGAACCUCCCUCUAUUGUUGUUUAUAUUGUUGAACCUUUUUCCGUGGGUGGACCUGAGAACUCUGAUCGACGACGUUUGGCUAUUCUUGCACUUCUCAGGGCGUAUUCUGCUGCGAUCAAUGCUAUGCCUGAAAAUUUAAGAUCUAAUAUUAAUGUUCAAUUGAUAUCUCUGGAAAGCAUAAUAGAACUAGGACGAGCACGUGAACGACGGAAAAUCCAAGACGAAAUGCGUUCAUUGGCAUUGAACGUAUUUUUGCAAGGUCGACGACUGCUGAAUCACAAUUCAACAGUAAAAAGUCUCACUGGUUUUGGUACCGCAGCAGCAGCCGACAUAUUCCUUAAAAAUAAAAACUUUGAAAAAUUUUCGAAUGAUAUGCAGGAACUUAACAAAGCACCUUACCGCUUGUACACACCGGCGUACGUACUUGCGCCGUUACGAUCUAAAAGUGAGGCGCCUGAGUCUUUCGGCAUCGCUGGACCAGAAGAGUGUGCUGUUAUGUACCUCAGUUAUUGCCUGAGUGAGGAUCAAUCGCGGUUGCUCGCAGUCGCGACGGACGACCGCGGGGAAAUUUUUGAGACUGCUGCUAUCAAUAUUGAUGUGCCAAAUCGUAAAAGAAGAAAACGUGUAUCAGCUAGACGGAUUGGACUUCAGAAACUUAUGGACUUUAUAGUCGGUGUCAUGUCGCAAGGCGUGCAACCAUGGAGGCUAGUUGUAGGUAGAGUUGGCCGAAUAGGUCACGGUGAAUUAAAAAGUUGGGGCUGGCUCCUAUCUCGAAAAGCACUGUUGAAAGCUUCAAAACAAUUAAAAGAACUUUGCAAGCAGUGCGCUCUUUUAUACCCGUCUGCUGCACCCUGUGUAUUAAGUGCUUGUCUCGUGUCACUUGAACCCGAUUCGACACUUCGAUUAAUGGCUGAUCAGUUUACACCGGAUUCAAGAUUUAGUCAAGCAUCUGUUAAUUGUCAUUUAUCCACACCUCAAGAUGUUACUUGUACUCAUAUACUUGUUUUCCCUACUUCAGCUACCACACAAUCAUCACAGACUGCAUUCCAAGAGCAACAUAUAAAUGGGCCAGAACUUGGUGAUGAUGAGCUAUUUUCGGCCCUUAACGACGACAUGAAUGAAGGGAUGGAGGGUAUGGGAGAUCUUGGGGAUAUUUUCAAUGCCUGGCCUGAGCAAAGUGCGGGUGGUGGACAGAGUCCUUGCAAUAGCCCGCAUCGGCCAGAAUCACCUUUGGGCGGCGAUGGAGGUGGCUUUGGUAUGGGAAAUCAUGACGGCCCUGGUAGUCCAUUCCCUUGCAGUAGUACGCCAAAGACCGCAAAUGCUGAUCAAGCAGAAGACGUAACAAACCUUCAUUUACAACCACUGGCUCUUGGGUACCUAGUAUCAACAGCUCCAAUCGGACGUAUGCCAUCGUGGUUCUGGUCAACGUGUCCUCAUCUGGAAGGUGUAUGUCCAGCAUUUUUGAAAAACGCCCUUCACCUCCACAGUCCGGCCAUACAGCAAAAUAGCGACGAUAUACUUCAGCAGCACAGUGCUCUGACGGCUCAUCCUCUUGACUCGCAAUAUACUACUGAUGUGUUAAGAUAUGUCUUGGAAGGAUACAAUGCUCUGUCUUGGCUUGCCGUAGACGCGAAUACCAAGGAUCGACUUUCUUGCUUGCCGGUACAUGUCCAAGCGCUCAUGCAGCUUUAUCACACAGCAGCUGCCCUCGUCUGA